GGCGCUUUAAGAAGACGCACUGCUGCCGCGGACGGGAUGGGCAGGCCGGUGUUUUUCCACUAGUGAUGUCUAAUGGUCACCCAUGCUGAGAGACAAAGGUCAGAAAAAAAGCUCAUAAACUAAAUUUACCGCCGCCUCUGUUAUUCAGCACUCGGGCGCCGCACAAUACAGAAGGGAAAAGAGCUUUUCAAAGGAAUUAAAGGAAGUAACCCGUAAAAGCAUGGCCCAAAAAGAGAAACUCCAGUGUCUGAAGGAUUUCCACAAAGACAUUCUGAAACCAUCCCCCGGAAAGAGCCCAGGCACAAGGCCGGAGGACGAAGCGGAGGGAAAACACCCCCAAAGGGAAAAAUGGGCGAGCAAGCUUGACUUUCUUUUGUCAGUCGCCGGGGGCUUCGUAGGUUUAGGCAACGUUUGGCGUUUCCCAUACCUCUGCUACAAGAAUGGCGGAGGUGCAUUUCUCAUCCCGUACUUCAUCUUUCUGUUCGGUGGAGGUUUGCCUGUGUUUUUCCUGGAGGUGGCGCUGGGCCAGUACACUUCUCAGGGAGGAAUCACCUGCUGGGAGAAACUGUGUCCCAUCUUCACAGGUAUCGGCUACGCAUCCAUAGUGAUCGUUUCUCUGCUGAACGUCUACUACAUUGUGAUCCUGGCCUGGGGCUUGUACUACCUGUUCCAGUGCUUUCAACCAGAGCUCCCCUGGGCAAGCUGCAACAACAAAUGGAACACGGACAACUGCGUGGAGGACACCCUCCGCAAGAACAAGACACUCUGGGCGACUGCAAAUGCCACUAACUUCACCUCUCCCGUCACUGAGUUCUGGGAGCGAAAUGUUCUCAGCAUCUCUGAUGGUAUCGAGGAGAUAGGUCACGUAAAAUGGGACCUGGCUCUUUGUCUUCUCGCUAUGUGGGUCAUCUGCUUCUUCUGUAUUUGGAAAGGUGUGAAGUCCACUGGGAAGGUUGUGUAUGUCACUGCAACAUUCCCAUUUGUAAUGUUAAUCGUCUUACUGGUACGGGGUGUAACUCUUCCUGGGGCAGCCGAGGGCAUCAAAUUUUAUCUGUACCCGAAUGUCACUCGCCUUGCAGAUCCAGAGGUUUGGAUUGAUGCGGGGACGCAGAUUUUCUUCUCCUAUGCCAUCUGUCUUGGGGCCAUGACGUCGCUGGGAAGCUACAACAAGUACAAAUACAACUGCUACAGGGACUGUUUGCUGCUUGGAGGCCUGAACAGCGCUACCAGCUUUGUGUCUGGCUUCGCAAUAUUUUCCGUCCUGGGCUUCAUGGCACAAGAGCAAGGGGUGGACAUAGCCGAUGUGGCAGAGUCAGGUCCUGGCUUAGCCUUCAUUGCCUACCCUAAAGCUGUGACUAUGAUGCCACUGCCUACGUUUUGGGCCGUUCUUUUCUUCAUUAUGCUUCUGCUGUUGGGCCUCGACAGUCAGUUUGUCGAAGUGGAAGGGCAGAUCACAUCCUUAGUGGAUCUGUAUCCAUCCUUCCUACGGAAGGGUUAUCGGCGUGAAAUCUUCAUAGCUAUAGUCUGUUUUGUGAGCUUCCUGUUGGGACUAACCAUGGUCACCCAGGGUGGCAUGUAUGUGUUUCAACUCUUUGACUACUAUGCAGCCAGUGGCGUGUGCCUUUUAUGGGUUGCAUUCUUUGAAUGUAUUGCUGUAGCCUGGGUUUACGGUGCGGAUAAUUUCUAUGAUGCGAUUGAAGAGAUGAUUGGUUACAGACCAAAUCCCUGGAUGAAAUGGAGUUGGACUGUGGUCACACCUUUUCUGUGUGUGGGAUGCUUUGUCUUCUCAUUGGUCAAGUAUGCACCUCUGAGGUACAACAAAGUCUAUGAGUACCCGGAAUGGUCCAUUGCAGUGGGGUGGACCCUGGCGCUUGCGUCCAUGAUCUGCAUACCAAUGGUGGUUGUAAUCAAAAUCAUUCAAUCAGAUGGGCCCCUUAUUGAGAGGAUCAAAGCUGUGGCGGCUCCCGUGAGGGGAGGGGCUAGUUCCUGCCCCAAAGAAUACCAGCCCAAAAGCAACGAGCUGGCGCAGCCCCUGGACCCCAACUGGAACGGAGGGUCGACGAAGCCCACCCACACCAUCGUAGAAACUAUGAUGUGAACGCUCUCUGUGAGAGGAUUCAAAUGAUCUGCUUUUCCAGUAUAUAUAUAUAUAUGUGUGUGUAUAUAUAUAUAUAUAUAUAUAUAAUCUGUAACUUUUGACAUAGUCGUAGGACCAGGUUUACAUUGCUACGCAUCUGCACUAGGAGUCCUUUUUUUCUACAGAGGAAGUUACAUUUUUUCUGUCUGUAUUUUUUAAUAUUUUUACCGUAAUACUAUUAUAUUAAGAUUAUUGUCGCUGUUAUUAGAGGGAGAACAGAUCACGUACAGCAGUAUCGUAAAAGUAGAACCAUAACUGUUCUAUUUUUGUCACUUUUAUCUUGUACAUAUCGAAAUUGAAGUGAGCAGUGCUUGUUUUUAGAGUUGAAUUAUGGGAAGAAAACAAAGGGCUCCGGAACAGAAGAAAAAAACGCAAGUAAACGUGACUAAUAACAUUGGUCUACCCAGGUAAAAUAUCUUUUUAGGGAGGUGUCUUUAAAUGGUAGUGUUAGACCUUACACGUUACUAUAGAUCUUUAAUGUUAUAAAGCUAAGUGUGUCCCAACAAACUGUUUAGACUGGAGAUGGUGACUGGUGCUGGCCAAAAGAAUCAGGACUUUUAGCCCUGCUGAUGCACUAAUACAAAGGACACUACUUUCUCCACUUUGAUGCACUUUUUAAGUACAUUAAGUCUAACUAGUUUGGAUGCGUUUGUUUCUGACGUCAUAGGAUUUGGAUAUCGCGAAUGACCUCACAAGUGCAUAUCGCACUAAUUCUAGGCAACGUCUCAGUCCCCAUUUGACAUGAGAUGUUUAGAAUAGCAUUAGUAGAUACCAGUAACAGAGACGCUAGCUUGCCUGCUAUUAUGACGUACCGUUCGGAAGAUGCAAGACGGAGGGUUUGGCCCUGAUUUACGUACAUAAAAAUGUUGUACUAUAAACUGUAAAAAAAUAUGUCUCCACUUCAGUCCACUGCAGAAAAACAAAGCCAAAGUGUCCCACAACUGGCCACUGACAUAUUGCGCCAUUUAUUUUGUUUGAGUCUGUGCAGAUUAUCGGUGUGAUAAAAUCAAUAAUUCUGGAGAAUUCCAGAAUUCAAUGCGUUAGAUUGCACCAGAAAAUGUGUACGCUAUAUUUGGGAUCUUCGUUAAUCAGGGCCUUAGCGUAGCAAUUUUAAAAUACAUUUUCAAUGGUCUCUUGGUCAGCACUCACUAUUAGUCGACCUUGUUCAAUAAAAAUACAAAAGUACCAAAUCAUGAAAUUUGCCGGCACCGAACGCGUUCUUAUUUUGAGGAUGUUGGAAUGUAAAGCUGCCUGAUUUUAAAGCCACAUAGAUUCAGGGCUAGUUUGUUUUGUUUUUAUCAACUCUAAGCUGUUUGUAUUUCCAAUCACAUUUGCCUUUUGUAUUAGAAAGUCACUGUAUUUGACUGCUAUGUUUAACAAUUACCAAUAGAUCUCAUGUAUAACUGUUAAUCAUCAAAAAAGCUUGCUAUGAACUGUAAUGUGCAAUACUUUGUAGAACAACAUGCAUUGUUACUUUCUUCACCUGUCUUGCAAAAAGUUGGUACUCGGAAGUGUGGAAUUCUGUAUACAUUUAAGGUUCAUGGCAGAAACAGUGAACAGGGGCCAAUAUAAGCUACCAUGUGUGGUAUGCUAAACUAACACCAAAAAAAACCUCAAUGCAGUUCUACUCACUGUGAUUUAUAUAAUUUUAACUUUAAAUGACAUAGUAAAUGUUAAACAUAUGGUUUAGCAUUGCUGCCAAUAUAUGGUUUCAAUUGAUUGAUUUCAAUAUUGUUUUCUUGGCCAAGUUAGAGAUUGUACCUUAUGGACGCGUCAUUGAAGUGUUAAAGAAAUUAUUAAACUUCAAUGUAAAUGUUGAAAGAGGCACAAUUUCUUAGCAAUACAUAAAUUAAUGUUCAGUCUCAGGGUGCGUUCCACUAUGAACUCAUCUUUUUUUUUAAGAGGCAUGAUUUCCCACUAUUGUAUGUGUCUUUAAACCCUUCCAUUUUUGAAGAAGAGCUUCAAAAGUGUUUAUCAAUAAAGUGGCAGUGUUUAUAAAUAAAAUAUAUAACCUUUAUAAAGUAAUGAUUACAAAUGUUUUAUUUUUUUAUUUCUGAGGAUAUGAAAGAAAGCAAGUGUAUUAAUAAGAUUUUACAGUACCUGAAAAAGAAAAAAACGUUUUAUCUCUUAAUAAACAUUUAUCUUUUAAAAACC